GACAAGGCAAAGAAGGGCCAUUUUCCUCAGAGAACAGCAUAACAUUGGCAGAGGUCCGACAUGUCGUUUCCUAUUACAGAAUUGGGGAGUGCCCAGUAGGUUCUUUGUUUGUUCAUUCAUUCAGCCUUUCACCUCACACCUGUUCAGGGUCCGGCUGGGCUCUGGACAUGGGGUGGAAGAAAGCCAUCUGAGCAGAGGCUGCUUGGACUGUCACCUCUGUCAGGGUUGCCACCAAUGCCAGAGGACAGCUGUUACUUAUGGGUGGUGGCAUGGUGGGGUGGCACAGCACAGAGCUGCCCUGCUGUGCUCACAGCCGGUUCGUCCCCACGGUCACCACGUGCCUUGGGCAAGUGUAGGCCUCAGGUCCCAGACACAGGUUUCUGUCAGGGAUGGUGGUGUCCAUACCUGCUCCAGUCUGCUGUGAGGGAGGAACGGGCUCCAGCCACAGACAUUUACCUUGCAGAGGACCUCCUGCACCUGCUGAGAAAUGGGUAUGGCCAUCUGGAGGAUGUUCUCCCCUUGGCCCUCCCUGUUCCAGCCAAGUCCACAGCCUUCAGCUCCUUUUAUAAGUAUUCUUUUCUCACAGAACCUUGUCCUGGAGCUGCAGAUGGGCCCUGGUUCUGCCUCCCAUGCAGUGCCGGUCCUCCUCCACCAUGCACGAUGGUGUGUUUCCCGUUAUUCUUCCUCCCAGAGCACUGGCACCCACCCUGGUGGCGGUUCCCCUAGUCAGAUUGAGCAUCCCUUAUCCAAAAUGCUUGGGACUAGAAGUGUUUGAGAUUCUGAUCUUUUUGGAAUAUUUGAAUAUGCAUAACUGGAUAUCUUGGGGAUGAGACUUCAGUGUAAACACACAGUUCAUCUCAUAUACACCGUAUGCACAUAGCCUGAAGGUAGUUUUGUGCAGUUUUAAAAAUAUUUUGUGCACGAAGUAAAGUUUUGACUGUGACCCGUCACGUGAGGUCAUUUGGGGAAUUUCCUCUUGUGGUAUGUAGGGACUCAGAAAGUUUCGGAUAUGGGGGCAGUUUGGAUUUUUGGAUUAGGGUUGCUCAACUUGAAUAUCCGUAUAUCUACAGCACAUGGUCAGUGCUCACUAAACCUAUUGCAUGAAUGAAUGAAAACCAAAGGUCAUUUAGUAAGCAUGUUACUAUUUCAGAAGUCUCUUUUCUGAAAUCGAUUAGAUGGUCAACGGUUUAAUAUUUCAGGUGCUCUGACCACAUAAUGGUUGUUACCAUACUGUGAAGGUAGCUGGGUGUUCAGUGAUUGCUGCCCUCAGCGGACCUGGAAGUGCUUGCUGUAUUUGCAUGUUUUGGAAUGGAGAUCAUGGCUCAUUCCCAGGAGCCCCUCAGCAGGGGGUCUGAGCCUGGUGCUAAGCAGCAGAUUUGCAGAUUCCCGCAGGGCGUACCUGAGCACUGAGGGGGCGUCGUAUACACAUCACACUGUUCCCGCAUCCCUAUCCCGCACAGCCGGUGGUCACAGCCGUCAUCCAGUAAAACCACAAAGCAGUCAACCUUUAGGAAACAGGUAGGAAAUCUAGAAAAAGCCUCAGGUGUUGACAGCAUUUUUGAAGGUAGUUAAAAAAAUCUUUGUGAUUGGGAAAGCCUGCUCCCUGUGCCAGGGAGACUCUCUCCAGCGCUUUUGCUUCUGUGGUUGGUAGCUUUCAGAAAGACUGCAAUGCAGCGGUUACCAAAGUCCUUGUUAAUAUGGAAACAACCCGUGGCGAAGCCUUUUGCUCCCCUUCGCAACUGCUGCCUGCUGCCUGCAGUCUGAAGGAGGAGAUAACGAAGGCAGUGAUCCUCCGGACCUGGCAGUUUAGUGAUUAGAACGUGCGCGAUUCUGUGAAUGCUGUGGCUGGCGCAGGCAUGUCCUGCAGCAGCUCUGUCAAGUUACUGAUGCAGUGGGUUUCUUCCCGGGAACGCGAGGCCGAAGAUGGCUUUGCAGUUUUUGCACAAUAAUUUUGUUUUCAUCUCUCUGUUCAGGGGACGGAGUAUAAGAAGAUGAGGAAAAUGAGGCCCAAAGAAGUGAUGCCACUUGGUUAAGGUCCCAGAGCAGGUCAGAAUCAGAUCUAGGAUCAGAAACCUGGCUCCUGGCUCUCUACUCUUCUAAGGACCGCUCUACUGACAAGAGGUAAGGGACUCUGCUACAGUAAUUAAAGAAGGAUAAGGUUGGCGUUGCUUCGCUGCUUUUUUUAUUGAAGUCCUUCCUCCCUGAUCAAGCGUCCAUAUUGCUCCUUAAAGCAUAUGACACACAGAACUCCUCCUUCCUAAAAUGGAGUCAAGUAAGAAGAUGGACUCCCCGGGCACACUGCAGACCAACCCGCCCCUGAAGCUGCACACUGACCGCAGUGCUGGGACGCCGAUUUUUGUCCCUGAGCAAGGAGGUUACAAGGAGAAGUUUGUGAAGGCCGUGGAGGACAAGUACAAGUGUGAGAAGUGCCACCUGGUGCUGUGCAGCCCGAAGCAGACUGAGUGUGGCCACCGCUUCUGCGAGAGCUGCAUGGCCGCUCUGCUGAGCUCUUCAAGUCCAAAAUGUACCGCGUGUCAAGAGAGCAUCAUUAAAGAUAAGGUGUUUAAGGAUAAUUGUUGCAAGAGAGAAAUCCUUGCUCUUCAGAUCUACUGUCGGAAUGAGAGCCGAGGUUGUGCAGAGCAGCUGACGCUGGGGCAUCUGUUGGUGCAUUUAAAAAAUGAUUGCCAGUUUGAAGAACUUCCAUGUGUGCGUACUGACUGCAAAGAGAAGGUCUUGAGGAAAGACCUGCGAGACCACGUGGAGAAGGCGUGUAAAUACCGGGAAGCCACGUGCAGCCACUGCAAGAGUCAGGUUCCGAUGAUCACACUGCAGAAACAUGAAGACACGGACUGUCCCUGCGUGGUGGUGUCCUGCCCUCACAAGUGCAGCGUCCAGACUCUCCUGAGGAGCGAGUUGAGUGCACACUUGUCAGAGUGUGUCAAUGCCCCCAGCACCUGUAGUUUUAAGCGCUAUGGCUGCGUUUUUCAGGGGACAAACCAGCAGAUCAAGGCCCACGAGGCCAGCUCCGCCGUGCAGCACGUCAACCUGCUGAAGGAGUGGAGCAACUCGCUCGAGAAGAAGGUUUCCUUGCUGCAGAAUGAAAGUGUAGAAAAAAACAAGAGCAUACAAAGUUUGCACAAUCAGAUAUGUAGCUUUGAAAUUGAAAUUGAGAGACAAAAGGAAAUGCUUCGAAAUAAUGAAUCCAAAAUCCUUCAUUUACAGCGAGUGAUAGACAGCCAAGCAGAGAAACUGAAGGAGCUCGACAAGGAGAUCCGGCCCUUCCGGCAGAAUUGGGAGGAAGCAGACAGCAUGAAGAGCAGCGUGGAGUCCCUCCAGAACCGCGUGACCGAGUUGGAGAGCGUGGACAAGAGCGCAGGGCAGGUGGCUCGGAACACAGGCCUGCUGGAGUCGCAGCUGAGCCGGCACGACCAGAUGCUGAGCGUGCACGACAUCCGCCUGGCCGACAUGGACCUGCGCUUCCAGGUCCUGGAGACCGCCAGCUACAACGGCGUGCUCAUCUGGAAGAUUCGCGACUACAAGAGGCGGAAGCAGGAGGCCGUCAUGGGGAAGACCCUGUCCCUCUACAGCCAGCCUUUCUACACUGGCUACUUUGGUUAUAAGAUGUGUGCCAGGGUCUACCUGAACGGGGACGGGAUGGGAAAGGGGACGCACCUGUCUCUGUUUUUUGUCAUCAUGCGUGGAGAGUAUGAUGCCCUGCUUCCUUGGCCGUUUAAGCAGAAAGUGACACUCAUGUUGAUGGAUCAGGGGUCCUCUCGGCGUCACCUGGGAGACGCUUUCAAGCCUGACCCCAACAGCAGCAGCUUCAAGAAGCCCACCGGAGAGAUGAAUAUCGCCUCUGGCUGCCCGGUCUUUGUGGCCCAAACUGUUCUAGAAAAUGGGACAUAUAUUAAAGAUGAUACAAUUUUUAUUAAAGUCAUAGUGGAUACUUCGGAUCUGCCCGAUCCCUGACGAGUAGCUGGGGAGGUGGAUUUAGCAGAAGGCAACUCCUCUGGGGGAUUUGAACCGGUCUGUCUUCACCGAGGUCCUCGCACUCAGAAAAGGACCUUGUGGGACGGAGGAAGCGGCAGAAGUUGGAUGCGCGCCGGCGGGAGGAGCCACGUGAGCACACCCAACACGUUUUCUAAUAGACUAGCCACGCUUCACUCUGAAGAAUUAUUUAUCCUUCAACGAGAUAAAUAUUGCUGUCAGAGAAGGUUUUCAUUUUCAUUUUUAAAGAUCUAGUUAAUUAAGGUGGAAAACAUAUAUGCUAAACAAAAGAAACAUUUUCUUCCUUAAACUUGAAUACCAGACACACACACACACACACACACACACACACACACACACGGGCAUAGCUGGACAUGUCAGCAUGUUAAGAAAAAGGAGAAUUUAUGAAAUAGUAAUGCAAUUCUGAUACCUUCUUUCUAAAAUUCAAGAGUGCAAUCUUGUUUCAAAUACAGUAUAUUGUCUAUUUUUAAGGCCUCAUCUGGUCUCUGUUUUAAUAAUUUGUUUGUCAGAAGACCCUGAAGUAUACCUAGGUCUUUUUUUUUUUUUGAUAGUCUCUAAAUUCAGAAUCAUUUUUUAAUUUAAAGUUCUACAAAUAAUUGUUACUGCAAACCUUUUAUUUUAAAACAUUGAUAGACUGAUAUUUCUUGGAAGAAAAUAUAAAAUAUCAAACACUGGUUAUCACUUGUGAUAGGAAAGAGAAUAUUCAACCUGUUGUUAUUUCUCGUUAGAAAUGUAAACCUUCAAUAUCUGUCGUAGUUAAUGACACGACCUCACAAUUCUGAACGGAGCCUCGCUCAUGGAUGCUGUGCAUCAUUUUCAGAUUUAUAAUUGUUUUCACCCUAAAAUAGGGCAUCCGUUGAACUUUGGAGUUCUAAACAAAAUCCUGUAGGUGUCUGGCUUCUGCCCCAUGUGUUUGGACGAGCUCUCUGUUGCUGACAGCACCGGCCUUCGGUCUCCACGUCAGGGGUGGGCGGGUGGCUGCUGGGGGAGGCCGCGGCACGUUUCCAUCCCGUCAUCUGCUGCGUGCUGGCGGCAGCUUCCGAAAGCAACCUCGUGGGUAGAGCUGGUGGCGUACGGUACAUGUGCCUUAGAUGUGACAUGCUGCUUCUCCACCCUGGGUUUGCGUUGAGCAUAAUUCUAGAAAGUGCUAGUUUAACCAGACUUUUCUCUCCACUGUCUCUACAAGGGCCCUCAGACACCUCCGCACCUGCUGAGGGGAGGCCGGCCUCCUCCGUUGGCUUCUGGAGCCUCCGCUGAUUAAUAACCACAGAUUCCAAAUCUAUAGGCCCCACGAGCGAGCCGCCUGGUCCAAGUACGGCCUGGUCCCACCCCGAGGGAGGCAGGUGUGGAACAGAAGCCAAGCCUCUCCGUGUCCCCACCAGGGUCGUGGGCGCCCCACAGCCCGAAGCAGAACCCUCUGAGCAUUCCAGAGCCCGCUGCUCAGGGUCCUGCCCAGGCUGACGGACGGGCGCUCCUGACCCCCACCCCGGCGGGAAGGGUGGCCACGGGGCCCGUUGUCCCAGCCUGCGCCUGCCUGGACGGCAUUUUCUCAGCUCACUGUUUACUGUCUCUCUGUCCAACUGUGAUUGAAGCCUGGAGCCCGCCCCUGCACCCCUUUUGCUAUGCACCACGCCUCAUGGUGCUCUUACCACUGAUGGGUGCUACACGCGACGGGUGCUUCUUAGGCAAAACCAAUGUGUGCGAACCGCCACACCUGUGCCACUCGCCCACAAGCCGCGCCCACGAUUGGCCAGCUGGGCCGCGUGCGUCAGACUGCCUGCUUCGGCUCUCCCGUGGCCGCGCGGGGACAGCUUGGUGGGUGCCUGGUGGCCCACCUGUCUCUGGUGCUGCCAUCUGUCCUGGGUGUGCCUUCGCCCCAGUGCCUGCUGGAAGUGCCCUCCGUCGCACCCCUGUGCCCUGAGCUCCUGUGAGGGGCCCGCCGCACCUGUUCGCGGUCAAAGCUCUUAUCUGCCUUUCCUUCCCCCGCUCUCCUGGGAUUGCUUUGGGGGAAUGAGUGUCCCUGGUUCUGCCCUGCACGGGAGUCACGUGUCGCUGCUGUAAAGGAGAGACUUCCUGCAGAAGCUGCAGAAACUGUUCCCUCGAAGGCAUCCUCACCUCAGGCCUGUCCCUACCUGGCCUCGGGUGGUUUUCCUGAGACCAGGGAUUAACACCAGGGACGUCCCUGCAACCUCCCCUCCCUCCACAAAAUGUACAGUAUUAGAUGUAGGAUACACAACAUCUUGGUGUGGUAGAAACAGUCUUCUCCCCCUCCGGAUUCAAGUCCCGCCGUGGCCCCAGAGGCAGCACCGUGUGUUGCUGGGACGUCGCCGAUAGCCCUUCCCAGGCAGCCGCCCCCACCCGAGGGUCCCAUAGAUGUAACUCGAGUUCAGGCGUCCUUGAGGAUGGGGCGGCCCGUGUCAUCACUUUGUCCUCAUGUUUGGGUGUAUUGGGGUCUCUUCUCAGUGUGUCUUCCUCUCACGCACUGCGCACUCCCGGCGGCGGGCAGGCCUCGCGCUGCCCUACCCUCCACUCCCGCACACCCUCACUUGGCGCUCGCCGCCUGGGCCAGCUGGGGCCUUGGGCUCCCUGCAGCUGAGGCCCAGUGGCCCCUCAGCAGUGGACAGCCUUCCCCGCGUCACAGGGCCCCGGCAGCGAGCGUGAAGGGGGUGUGCACACUGUGCUUGGGGGUGCUGCUUUACCAAAAGUGACCGGACUCCCAGCAGGACAGAACUGUUCAGUCCUUUACAGAAACCAGCCGAGCGCUUUGUGCAUGAAUUAAGCCGGUCUGCUUCCCCGACACCUUUGUAACAAAACAACGUCCCCUGUCCCCUUGCCUUGGCCUCGAGCAGUUUCUCCAGGACACCGUGGCUCGGGCUGCUGCCAGCUGCCAGGCACACUGGGUGGCUGGCCUGGGCCUGGCUCAUGUGAAGGGCACCAGCUCUUGUGACCACACUGAGCCAUGUGCAGGCUGUAGCCAGGCCUGGAAGCCUGACCUUCUGGUUCUAGGCCUAGUCCAGUGGAGCCUGCAGAGCUGGAAGUUGGGGUGUGUCUGUGAUGAUAUGGGGGCUAGGCUGUGAGUAGGGCCUUUCCAGCAGGGUUGGGCGUCUCAGUGAGGGGUGUGCACGUGGGGGCCCUAUGGGGCCCUGACUUUGGGACCAGACAUGGCAGCCCCAGUGGGCUGGAGGGAGUCUGCGUGGCCCCGACAUAUGCCGGGAUUUUCAGCUCGCCGUGUUCCCGUGCCAGGUGGCCGGGUCAGGAUUUGUGUCAGUUCUAGGAGCCAUCAGGCAAGAAGGCGGUGCUGUCCGCUGAGUGUAAGCCUCGCCGGGCCCAGGGGGAAGGCCUGGACCCAUAGAUGUGUGUUCCCUGUGCAGGUGGGCAGAGGGGCCCUCAUGGCCCAGGCUGCGGCCCCUGCCCAUCACCCCUUCCUUCCCAGAGCAGCCUCUGCCAGUGGAGGACACCUCUGUCCCUUUGAUGCCACAACAGCUAGUUGAAUGGGGAGCCCUUUGCUCAGGCAGCUUCUCCUGCCUCUCCCUCCUUUCUCCUUCCCUGCCCCGUCCCCAUGCCCUUCUUGGCCUGUGGCACUGGGGAGCCAUGGUGUGGCGUGCUAGGGCUCCUGCACCUUGGGCCACUUCCUCGGCCAGGGCCUUGCUGGCCCACCGCCUACCAGGGCUCUGCUGCACUGGCUGUGGCAAGAGGCUUGCCCUUGACCCCAUGUGGCCCAGCUCAGUGAGGAGGCAGUUCCAGGCACAGUCUCCCGGGCCAGCCCUCUGCCCACCUGAGCCUGCACCAAGGCCCUCAGUCGCCCUGGGCCAGGGGCCACGUGUCCCAUGGAUGUCGGCCAUGCCAACGUCACAUUCCAGCCCCCCUUUUUCUCAGUGGCGGCCGGUGGUAGUCAGUGGUGGUCCCAUGUCCCAGCCAGAGGUGAUGUCGGACAAAGGAAGGGGGGUCUGGAUGGGUCCUUAACCAUUCUGUCCCAAGCAGGGUCAUUCCUUGUCAGCCCAAGGGAAGGCCAGGGAGUGCUGGGCUGACACCUCCUUUCUCCUCUGCACAGGGAGGACUGGCGCGAGGACAGCCCCUGUGCCCAGCCCUGGCAGGGGGGGCAGUCUGCUGUCUCCAUGGGUGUCGCAUGGUUGGGCGAGCACAGCCUCCCCUGUGGGCCCCUCACUUGAUCCCCAGCCCCUCCAGACUCAUCCCUCUACUGGGGGUCAUUUGUGCACCAAAAAGGCUCCGGCAGAGCUGUAAAAUCCUGUUUUUAAAUUUGAGUCCAGAUCUUAUUAGAAUGCAGAAGGAGAGCUAGGAGAGCCUGGGAGCCCCUUCGCUUUUGUGUCUGUGAGAUGAAUGAGGGUCUGUCACCCAAACCUGCUUCUCAGCCAUGACCACAUUCUGUUUUCCGUUUGCAAAUCUCAGCCGCUCUGUUUUCUCCCACGUAGAAGGUGCCCACCGCGGCCCAGGCCAGGCAAGGUCCGUGUCAGCCGGCGACCUGGUCACGACGGCUGCCUCGCCCUGGCUGGUGCCAAUGGUCACAGGCCUGGUGGGAUCGGGGAGCCGGGCCAGCGGGUGGGGCCAGGAGCUUGUUGCAAAGGCGGUUUCCACCUGACCCGGGCGUGCCCCACUCAGGGCUGCAGGGCAGACGUGAGGAGCCUCGGUCGCCGCAUGGCCGGCUGGUAUGCGGGUGAGGAGGCCCUGGGGGCCGAGCGGAGCCUGCGUUUCAUUUUUCCUGCUGCGCUGUGUUUAGUCUGUCUCGUGAACUCACCGUGAAAAGAGGCUGGAAGUCCAGGAUCGCUGUACCACUCCUGUUACUAGGUGAUGAUUGGUUUUUACAACUUAGUCCCCUCAGACAAGUGAGACACCCUUCCACAGCAAAUCACAUGACCUAAUUGGAAAACACACACGCCGGCGUUAAUCUCCAGUGGUUUCUAUAAGAAAUGCCUGUAGGAGGAGGUGUGGAGUGUGGAGGGCAGGGUCGGCGCCGCGCGGCACCUCGGAACCUCAGGCUCUUCCCUGCCGGUGCGUCUGUUCGGCCCUGUCACCCAAAAACAAAGACCAAAGAAGGCCAAUCUCGCAUUCGACCCUGUAUUUUUAAUCUGCCUGUUUUAACACUUGCGUCUGUAGUAAGCGCUUGCGUGAGGACACACCUUGGCAGUCCAAGUGAUCGCGACCAGUGAUUCGGGUCCCGUUUUUCUGCUCUUCUAAGAAAAAACAAAAAGACCGUCGGUUACUGCCGCAGCAAUAAUCAUGUUGUUGCUGUGAGCUAGCAACACGCCUGACUUUCUGAUAGCAUUACUGUUUUCUAUUUUUGUUUACUGUAUAUUACGUGUGGUUUUAUUUGGUAUUUAUUUGUGUUUUGAGGUCUUGCAAUGUUUUUGUGUUUCUUAUGCUAAUAACUGAAGUUUGUAAGACUGUAGAAUGCGGAAAUGCUAAACUGUCUUGUUAGAGGAAAAUAAACCUGAUUAUGGAGUCUCGG